AUGGCGCCCAUCUUUCGCUCCAUGGACAAGACCAUCGGCGCGCACUGGGAAGAGACCAUGAUUGAGAUGAGCCGGACGAUGAUGGUGCCCCUCAACGCGCGGCUCAUGGGGCAGAUGGGGUUGGACCAGCACACCACGGAGCCCAUUGCAUUUCUCGACAGCGCGUGCGGGGCUGGACCAGCGACGCAGGAGCUUUUCAAGGCUGUGCCCAGAGAGUUCCUGGAGAAGAGCGAGGUUGUUUGUGCGGAUGGAUCGCCUAUGAUGGUUGGGUUGGUGGAGAGGAGGAUCCGGGAGGAGGGAUGGGUUGGGGCGAGUGCGAGAGUUUUGGAUGCCAUGGAUUCUGGGUUAGCUGAGAACUCGUUGACGCACGUCGUCGUCGGCCUCGGUCUGCAUCUCAUCCCCCGCCCCGACAGAACCAUCAAAGACGUCGUCAGGAUCCUCAAACCCGGCGGGGUCUUUGGCUGUAUCACACCGCACAUCGACCACAUAGGCUGGGUUGCGGACGUGAGGUCAGCGUUUGCGUCCUUCCCCUUUGACGCGCCGUUUGAGGAGAAGAAUCGGGCGCAGGUUCACGAUGUCGGGCGGUGGUAUAAUGAGGAUUGGGUGAGGGGGUAUCUACAGGACAGCGGGUUCGAAGACGUCAAGACAUGUUUGGAGAGCGGGACGGUCAGGGUGAGGGAUGCGAGGCACUGGCUGGACGUGUUUGGACCGGUUGUUGCGUUGAUUGUGAACAUGGAGUGGAGUGAGGAGUUGAGGGGGGAGCACGAGUUGGAGGAGGUGAAGGGGUUGAUGAAGGAGCAUUUGGAGGGGAAGUAUGGGGGAAAUGGGUGGGAUGUUGGAUUUGCCUGUAUUGUUGCUUCUGGAGUUGUUGUGAAGUAA